CUGCAGGCUCGAGGCGCCGCGCCGAGGAGGCUGCCGCUCUGGCUCGCCGCCCCCGACGCCGCUCCGCACCGGGCACCCGCCGCCGCGCCGCGCGCCAUGGACCUGCCCAGGGGCCUCCUGGUGGCCUGGACGCUCAGCCUGUGGCCAGGGUUCACGGACACCUUCAACAUGGACACCAGGAAGCCUCGAAUCAUCCCUGGCUCCAGGACGGCCUUCUUCGGCUACACGGUGCAGCAGCACGACAUCAGCGGCAAGAAGUGGCUGGUCGUGGGCGCUCCAUUGGAAACCAACGGCCACCAGAAGACAGGGGACGUGUACAAGUGUCCGGUGACCCAGGGCAACUGCACCAAGCUCAACCUGGGAAGGGUUACCCUGUCCAACGUGUCCGAGCGGAAGGACAACAUGCGCCUCGGCCUGAGCCUGGCCACCAACCCCAAGGACAACAGCUUCUUGGCCUGCAGCCCCCUCUGGUCUCACGAGUGUGGGAGCUCCUACUACACCACAGGGAUGUGUUCACGAGUCAACUCCAACUUCAGGUUCUCUAAGACGGUGGCCCCAGCUCUCCAAAGGUGCCAGACCUACAUGGACAUCGUCAUUGUUCUGGAUGGUUCCAACAGCAUCUACCCCUGGGUAGAGGUUCAGCACUUCCUCAUCAACAUCCUGAAAAAGUUUUACAUCGGCCCUGGGCAGAUCCAGGUUGGAGUUGUUCAGUACGGAGAAGACGUGGUACAUGAAUUUCACCUCAAUGACUACAGGUCCGUAAAAGAUGUAGUGGAAGCGGCCAGUCACAUUGAGCAGAGAGGAGGAACAGAGACCCGCACAGCAUUCGGCAUCGAAUUUGCUCGCUCAGAGGCUUUCCAGAAGGGCGGAAGGAAAGGGGCCAAGAAGGUAAUGAUUGUCAUCACAGAUGGGGAGUCCCACGACAGCCCGGACCUGGAGAAGGUGAUCCAGCAAAGCGAGAGGGACAACGUGACCAGAUACGCUGUGGCCGUCCUGGGCUACUACAACCGCAGGGGGAUCAAUCCAGAAACUUUCCUAAAUGAAAUCAAAUACAUCGCCAGUGACCCAGAUGACAAGCACUUCUUCAACGUCACCGACGAGGCGGCCCUGAAGGACAUUGUCGAUGCCCUGGGGGACCGGAUCUUCAGCUUGGAAGGCACCAACAAGAACGAAACCUCCUUCGGGCUGGAGAUGUCGCAGACCGGCUUUUCCUCGCACGUGGUAGAGGACGGGAUUCUGCUGGGAGCUGUUGGCGCCUAUGACUGGAACGGAGCUGUGCUAAAGGAGACCAGUACCGGGAAGGUCAUUCCUCUGCGCGAGUCGUACCUGAAGGAGUUCCCCGAGGAGCUCAAGAACCACGGAGCCUAUCUGGGGUACACAGUCACGUCGGUCGUGUCCUCCAGGCAGGGGCGGGUGUACGUGGCCGGAGCCCCACGGUUCAACCACACGGGCAAAGCCAUCUUGUUCACCAUGCACAACAAUCGGAGUCUCACCAUCCACCAGGCCCUGCGGGGUGAACAGAUAGGCUCUUACUACGGGAGCGAGAUCACCUCCGUGGAUAUCGAUGGCAACGGCAUGACAGACGUCCUGCUGGUCGGCGCGCCCAUGUACUUCAGCGAGGGCCGAGAGCGGGGCAGGGUGUACGUCUACAACCUGAGACAGAACCGGUUUGUUUAUAACGGAACGUUGAAGGAUUCCCAGAGUUACCAGAAUGCCCGAUUCGGGUCCUCCAUCGCCUCGGUUCAGGACCUCAAUCAGGAUUCCUACAACGACGUGGUGGUGGGAGCCCCUCUGGAGGACAACCACAGGGGAGCCAUCUACAUCUUCCACGGCUUCCGAGGCAGCAUCCUAAAGACGCCGAAGCAGAGAAUCACUGCCUCAGAGCUGGCUCCGGGCCUCCAGUAUUUUGGCUGCAGCGUCCAUGGGCAAUUGGACCUCAAUGAGGACGGGCUUGUCGACCUGGCGGUGGGCGCCCUUGGCAAUGCUGUGAUUUUGUGGUCCCGCCCCGUGGUUCAGAUCAACGCCAGCCUCCACUUUGAGCCGUCCAAGAUCAACAUCUUCCACAGGGAUUGCAAACGCAACGGCAGAGACGCCACCUGCCUGGCCGCCUUCCUCUGCUUCACACCUGUCUUCCUGGCGCCCAAUUUCCAAAUGGCAACAGUUGGCAUCAGGUACAAUGCCACCAUGGACGAGAGGCGGUACACGCCGCGGGCCCACCUGGAUGAGGGCGGGGACCGAUACACCAACAGGGCUGUCCUGCUCCUCUCCGGCCAGGAACACUGUGAUCGGAUCAACUUCCAUGUGCUGGACACCGCUGACUACGUGAAGCCAGUGACCUUCUCAGUCGAGUAUUCCCUGGAGGACCCCGACCACGGCCCCAUGCUGGACGACGGCUGGCCCACUACCCUCAGAGUCUCGGUGCCCUUCUGGAACGGCUGCAAUGAGGACGAGCACUGUGUCCCCGACCUCCUGCUGGAUGCCCGCAGUGACCUGCCCACAGCCAUGGAGUACUGUCAGAGGGUGUUGAGGAAGCCCGCCCAGGACUGCUCCGCAUACACACUGUCCUUCGACACCACGGUUUUCAUCAUAGAGAACACGCGCCGACGGGUGGCGGUGGAGGCCACGCUGGAGAACAAGGGCGAGAAUGCCUAUAGCACAGUCCUAAAUAUUUCACAGUCAGCAAACCUGCAGUUUGCAAGCUUGAUCCAGAAGGACGACUCGGACGGCAGCAUCGAGUGCGUGAAUGAGGAGAGGAGACUCCACAAGAAAGUCUGCAAUGUCAGCUACCCCUUCUUCCGGGCCAAGGCCAAGGUGGCCUUCCGUCUAGAUUUCGAGUUCAGCAAAUCCAUCUUCCUGCACCACCUGGAGAUCCAGCUCACAGCCGGCAGUGACAGUGACGAGGAGGAGAGCACCAAGGAGGACAACACGGCACUCCUGCGCUUCCACCUCAAGUACGAGGCUGACAUCCUCUUCACCAGGAGCAGCAGCCUGAGCCACUACGAGGUCAAGCCCAAUAGCUCACUGGAGAGAUAUGAUGGCAUUGGGCCUCCCUUCUCCUGUGUUUUCAAGAUCCAGAACUUGGGCUUGUUCCCCAUCCACGGGGUGAUGAUGAAGAUCACCGUUCCCAUCGCCACCAGGGGCGGCAACCGCCUGCUGAUGCUGGGGGACUUCCUCACUGACCAGGUGAACACGUCCUGUAACAUCCAGGGGAACAGCACAGAGUACCGGCGAGCCCCGACAGAGGAAGACUUGAGUCGUGCCCCACAGCUGAAUCACAGCAACUCUGACGUAGUCUCCAUCAACUGCGACGUGAGGCUGGCCCCCAACCAGGAAAUCAAUUUCCGUCUGCUGGGGAACCUGUGGUUGAGGUCCCUAAAGGCACUCAAGUACAGGCUGACGAGGAUUGCAGUCAAUGCCGGCUUGCAGAGGCAGUUCCACAGUCCUUUCAUCUUCCGCGAGGAGGACCCUAGUCGCCAGAUCACGUUUGAGAUCUCCAAGCAAGAAGACUCGCAGAUCCCCAUCUGGAUCAUUGUCGGCAGCACACUGGGGGGCCUCCUGCUGCUGGCCCUGCUGGUCCUGGCGCUAUGGAAGCUCGGCUUUUUUAAAAGUGCCAAGCGUAGGAGGGAGCCCAGCCUGGACUCCACCCCCAAAGUGCUGGAGUGAGGCUCCUGAGGAGGCUGCGAGUCGAUGGGGGCCAAGACACCCAUCCAGGUGGUGUACAGGCCCAGGCCGGUGGCCCCACCGAGCUGGGGCGGAGAGGACGCCAGCUCGCUUUGCACUUGACCUCAUCUCCUGAGAGAGGAACCUGCUCCCUCUGGAACUCACGCCAGUUUUAAGAGGGACUGCCCUACCGGAGACCAAGACACCUCCAAUACAGAUCCCUAGGGACUUAAAGGGACGCCCCCUUCCCUCCCCAAGGCACAACCCACAGCCUCCCCCAGGCUCUAUGGGGACAUUAGCUGCCCCACCACUAAGGUGCUAGGAAUUCCUAAUCAUUCCCAUCCACAGAAGAAAUCUAGAGAGGAGACUGCAAACUGCAAACCCACUCUGCACACUCCAGGCCUCUAGAUCCAAAAGGACCCAACGGGACAGCAGAUCGAAUUCUGUACUGUCCUUCCACCCCCUCACUGCCAAUGGCUCCCGAGUCAUGCCCUCCUUCCCCAGAACAGAAGAUAGGUCCCCGGAGCUUCCCAUGAAUGAGCCCAAGCCCAACGGCUUAGUGGUGACAGCUGCUGGCCAGGGAUGAAGAGAGACUCUGGGACCUGGGACCUGGAGACUAUGACUGACGAGCAACGGGGACCCAGGAUACGGGGCACCCUCCCGGAGAUGGAAGCCGAUGGACUCUCCACCCCCUUGCGUUCCCACGGACGGGCACUCACACUCCCCAGGCCCUGCCCCUCCCCUCGGCUGCCGCCCCUCCGGCACUUCUGUUCUUAGGUACCUCGCGGAGGCCUGUGGAUGACGCAAUCCCUGGGGCUGCGCAUUCCCUCCUCAUCUUCCCGCUCAGCCGGCCUGCCCAACGCGCUGGCCUGGCUGCAGGCGGGGCAGCAGGGGUAGGGGUGGGGAGCCUUCCCUCCCUGCGUCCCCCACCUCCCUACACACACACAGCCUCCGCCCACCCGCGCACAGAAGGGCUCCGCCGGCACUGCUGAGGGGUCCUCUCUGGAACGCACUGAAUAAAGCCGGUGCAGGAACCCCCAAGCCUGUGCAACCUAGGUGGCAAACAUCUGAUCCCCUGGCCUAUGGGACAAGUGGUACCACAAUGACGGAGGCCCGAGGACAAGAGGCACACCUGGUGCCCAGCCGAGUAAUUUAUGCCUUAACCUUGUUUUGAGGUAGAAAUGAAAGGGGAACACAUCAAAGGCAUCUGUCCCCCUGUUACAUAGAACGACCUUUACUGUCGUAAAUAUUUUUAAGAAGUUUUUUUUAAAUACAGUGUUUAAAAACAACCAAGGCGCCGACAUCCCAAUCUGUGGGGACAGCAUUCCUAACGAGCACUCUUUCCCUAAAGGAGAGGAGGUGGGUGUCAGGCUCUCUGUGUCCUUCCUAGCAUCUCUAAAGGGUGGGAAGGGGCUUGUCCACCAUCUUCUCCCUACAACAUCCCCUCCAAGUGGCCGCCUGGCCUUGGAUGGAUGUCCCCAGUGAGGCAGCACUCCCUCCCUCCCAACGCCACUCAUUCCCUCUUUGGCCAGUUUGGAUGGUUGAAACCCACAUGUCACUGUAGCUUCUACCCCUUAGUUCCAGGUCCUUCCUCUCAGGCCUCCCAGACUUCUCCAGGCGAGCAUUUCAGUGCUGAUCUUCCCACAGCCUGACUGCAAGUUUCUUCACUUUGACACACAGGCUGCUCUCAAACUAGAUUGUCUCCACUCUAUUCUUGUGCCACUGGAAUCCCAGGAAGCCAGAAGCAGAACCUUAGAAAUUAUUUGAUCUUGUUGCCCUAUAGAUGAGGACACUCAGAAUCAGAGAAGUUAAGAGAUAGCCCUAGGUUCCACAGCAAAAUCAAGACUAAUCCCAGGACUGCUCUCUCUCAAGCCAGACCUUCCUUCUAGCCCAGGCUCAGAAGAGCUUAGUGAAAGAGCAGAAGAAUUGAUACAAAGUAACUCUUUACAGGAAUAUUUUUGCUCAAAUGGUGAAACCAAAUCAGAAGGAAACGUGUGAAAAUCCUACUUCGAGCCACUGCCUUCAUGAACGGAGUAAGCCGGCUGAUGGAGAACCACGGAGCCCACACUCAAAAGUGCGCCGUUUGGCUUCACACCGAGUCCUCUGUCGAACGCCAUCAACCCUGAGAGAAUGCCUCUAUGUGAGAUCUUACUUUUAGAGAUUGGCAUUCACAUUUUUUAAAACUGACAUGUGCAACCACACUGCAGGCCAAACAAAAUGUGUCUGCAGGUCAGAUGCAGCGCAGAGGUCGCCAAAUUGCACCUCUGGACUCGGAGGCAGCCUUUACCCCGGCACUCCACAGCCCCUCCGUGCCCUCCCCCAGCCCUGUACCAAGAACAACUAACUGGUCAAAAGGUGGGGGAGAUGGGAGUCUUGUAUCCUCGAGGCCUUCAGCCCUUGCAUUGUGUCUCUCUUUCUCUUACCAAUCCUCUCUUUCUGAAUUUAUUUGCUCUGGGGUGUAACUGUCCGAGACUGGCCUUAAGAGUGCCUGGUGGGGCAAGCAGAGAAGAUGCAUUCUAUAGAGGGUAAAGCCUCAUGCUAGAGCAAUGUUUGCCAGGCCUGGCUGCACACUAGAAUCACCUGGGAGCUUUAAAAGACACCUAUGCAAGGGCCCCACCUCAGGGAUUCAGAUUUAAUUGGUUGGAAGGGGGCUAGGACAUCCUUUUUGUUUCGGAGUUCCCCUGGUGACUGUAAUGUGACAGGUGAGGUCAACAGGGAGGUGAAUGGAUAUAGGCCAGAAAACCAACAAGGGGUGAACAUGCAUAGGGAGCUUCUGUGAGGAGUAAUGGAAGUGUGCUGUUGUUCAAGUUCACUCAGCUCCGGCCUGGAGUCUGGAAGACUCUGUCCUUCCAGCGAGUAUCCAGAGUAAGAUUUGCUGCAGGAGAUCUCACCCAGCUUCACCCUCCAAGGGGGCCCUUGGAGGAGUUGGGCACCUUGCUGUUGUCUAGGAAGGGAGAUGAGCAGCAGUCUCUGAAACAGUUUUGUCAUUUAAUGGCAAGCGGCCCAAAAUGCAACCUCAAAUCAACAUUAAAACUCACAUUGUGGUUUACAGAUGGAUGUCAUUAAAAAUGUUCUCUCUGAGA